AGCCAUUCAAAUCAAUCAACAGGUAAACCAGGUGAUAUAUAGAAUAGUUAAUAAUGUAAAAUCUAUCCGAAGAAAUGGCGCAAAGAAUUCUUAUAAUUCUGGUGAUUUUGUCGGUUUCAUUUUUAUUAGCAGAAAGUCAUUGGUGGAGACAUCGCAAACGACCGCGACACGGACACUGUCCCUCACGUGAUGAUGAAAAUCAUGAGUGUUGUGAUUGGGAGAUAAAAACAUAUCAACAGACAAUUAAGUACUGCAGGAAAUGUAAAGUUACACCUACUAACUCGUCGGAUAUAUGUUACUACAGAGCAAGAAGACACAGAUAUAAACAAGGCUGUGUUGUCAGUUUUAAGUACAAUGUGACUGAGGCAACAUGUACACCAAAAUGUUGUGAGGGAUGGACACGUGAUGAAUAUGGCCAAUGUUCGAUCGAAACAGAUGCCAACACUCAAGAAAUUGUCUGUGAAAAUGGUGGUUCUCCUGCAGACGACUAUUGUUAUUGUCCGGACGGAUUUUCCGGGAAACAUUGUGAAUCUGCUGUAUGCACUCCUCAUUGUUUGAAUAAUGGAAUUUGUUCUGGCAGAGAUGGAGAAGCUAUUUGUAUUUGUCCCGAUGGAAAAUAUACCGGAAAACAGUGUGAAACGCCUGUGUGUGACCCAGCGUGCCAAAAUGGCGGAAGUUGUAUUGAUGGAAUAUAUAGACCAAUGUGUUCUUGUCCUCCUGGCUAUGAAGGGGAGUCGUGUGAGAAAGAAGUCAAAGAUGGCGAUUGUCCUGCACCAUCAGGUUCAGGAAUUUGUGCUGAAAUGUGCAAAACCGAUUCUGAAUGUCCAAACGAGCAGAAAUGUUGUAGAAACGGAUGCUAUGCACACCAGUGUAUGGCACCAGCGGCUACAACAUGCACUUAUCAAGGUGAACAGUAUCCAGUCGGACACCGCCUCCAAAACAAUUCAUGCACAACCUGUGUAUGUAAAGACCCUAAUAGUAAAAAUCAGUGGGAAUGUGUUUCUAUUAGUUGUCCAAGACUUCAAUGCUACAAAACAAAGAUGAUCCCUAACUUGUGUUGUCCGGUAUGUGACGAUAUGCCGACCACAACUACAACUACACCCGCACCAACCACUACAACAGCAACAAGAAUACCGACCACAACCUUGCCUUCCACGUGUAAAGAGAAUGGGACACAUUACCCAAUGGGCGCUACAAUAACUAGAAAUAAUUACUGUGAACGUUGCACAUGCAUAUAUACUGCAUCUACCAAUGGAGAACUUUAUAAUACUACACGCUGGCAGUGCAUGGUGACAGAUUGUUUCUGGGAUUCAUCCUGUUCCAAUAUGACACGUAUUCCUGGUCAAUGCUGCCCUAUCUGCACCGAUAACUCAUCCACUACAACUCUGAGACCGCCUACAACCAAGAGGCCUGCAACUUCAUGUAAUAAAAAUGGAACCAAUUAUGUGAUCGGUUCUGAAAUACGAGGAAACAAUAGUUGUGAUAAAUGUAUUUGUGGUUAUUAUGGACAACAUUUGUUCCCAACAUGGAACUGUUCACCAGCAGUGCAAUGUCUUUGGUUUCCUUCAAACUGCACAAAUAUUACGACUGUGGGAUGCUGUCCAACCUGUGCCGAUGUUCCUACAACAAAAGCUCCAACAACAACCACAACUCCAUUACGUAGUACUUGUAUAAAGGACGGAAUCGAAUAUCCCGAAGGUUCUGAGGUUGCCAGCACGGAUAACUGCAACUCUUGCAUUUGCAUUAAAGUUGAAAAACAACAUCCGGAAUGGAUUUGUAGAGGUGUUGAUUGUCCUCCGCUUAAAUGUGAAUCACAGAAGUCUAUUACCGGGCAGUGUUGUCCUGUCUGUGAUGAUAAACCACCAGAUGAAUGUGGACCCAUUUGUAAAAUGUAUUGUAAAAAUGGAUUUCAAACUGAUGAGAGGGGUUGUCCACUAUGUAUAUGCAAAUCAACAACAACCACAACACCAGCUCCAACGAAUAUCAGUCAAAGCUGCAUAUAUGACGGAGAAGUUUACCCCAAGGGUCACCAUAUCAUGAAAACAGACUGUAUGAUGUGUACAUGUCUUUCGAUUUACGAACAGAAACCAGACUGGAAUUGCAUGAUUAACGAUUGUCAACAGCCAAAAUGCAGCAAUCCAGUCAAAAUCCCAGGUCAAUGCUGUCCCGUUUGCCCUGCAACAUCCACACUGGCCCCAACUACACCUAAAUCAUCAACGUGCUCCUUCAAUGGUACACAAUAUCAGCACAGGAGCACCGUUAAACAAACAGAUUGUAAAACAUGUGUAUGCCAAUACCAGUAUGGAGGAUAUUUAAAUUGGUCUUGUAGCAUAGAAGCCUGCGUCUACUGUGCAAAUCCUAGAAUGAUUCCAGGACAGUGUUGUCCGAUGUGUAAUGGAACAACACCUCGACCAACGACUGUUCGACCUACUCUUCCUCCGAAUACUGGACCUUCGUUCAAACAUUGUCCAAGUAAUACACUGAUUAUCAAUACUCAUAGAGAAAAGUUUAUCAACAUUCGUAGAUCUGUAAACCUGACUGUUGUUGACAAUUCUGGAACAAGAUACACGAUUCGGUAUUCCAAGGAAAUUAUCGAAGCCAUUCCUUGCUCCUGCGGCAAAAACAUUCAUAUUAUUACAGCCCAGUCUGAUCCACCAGAUCAAUAUGGGCGAUUUGCAUCAUGCCACAUCACAGUUCAUGUUGUCGACAACCAUCCACCAAUGUACAGCACAUGUCCAUCAGAAAUUUCUGCAUUUGAGGACGAAAUUAUUAGCUGGGACAAACCAGAGGCUUCAGACAACGUUGGCAUCAAAUCAGAAAGGUUCAUUUCGGAUUAUGAAAACAAUAGUAAAUUUCCAGAAGGCUCACAUCUGUUAAUGUAUGUUGCUGUGGAUCACGAGGGUAAUGUCGGGGCCUGUCGUUUCCUCGUAGCUGUCUAUAAGAGAGGAACAUCAGAUCCCACUAUGCCUAAUCAACUAAAGAGAGAGGAUGAAGAAGAUAAGAAAAAUCUAAUUAUAUUGCCUGUGAUUGGUGUAUUAGCAGUAUUGAUUCUUAUGAUAGCAAUUAUUCUAACAGCAUUAUGCUGUCGUCGACUGAAGAAAACACAGAAUGCACGUCAAACCGAAAGUGAACGCAAUGCUUAUGACAAUGCUAUCUACGCAACUGCAACUCCACCCAGAACUCCUCCCCCAUCUUACAGUAAAACAGAUGGAAUGAAACUUCCACCAAAGUACAUUGUAGGAGAUGAAAAACCACCUCUGUAUGAAGAAAUGGAUGUCAAGGUGUUCAUGAAGAAGGGUGUACAGAAUCCCGUCUACGACUCUUCCGAUGAACUAGAAGUCGGAAAUAUAAAACUGAGAAUGAGAGAAGAGGCAGAUGCUUAAGUUUGAAGUCAAACGAAUGACAUUUACCUUAUAAAUUUUGUAGAUAUUAUAGGUAGAACUAUACACUUUUUUACAUUAGUGCAAACAAAUUCCACUUUUUUACUGUAAAAGACUUUUUGUGUGUUCAUUUUUCAAGUAUUUGAUUUAAUAUUAUUUAAUAUUUUUUGCAUCGAUAAAACAACUUAUCCAAAUUCUACCUGUUUAUGCAUUUGUAAGAGAUUUGACGAAAUUUUAUUAAAUACAUUUUAUCAUACUGUAUAAAUGACAAGUAAAAUUAUUUAAAAAGAUGAUAUCUGACAUUUCUUUAUAGUUUGUGUUCUAUCUGUCGUGUAUAUAGCAUGUAACAAUAUUUUCGAAAUUACAUUAACCCAAAAUACCCAAUAUAACCUCCUUGCUUUGUACAAAAUGUAAUAGAUGUACAUAUAUAUGCAAUAGCCAGGUAAUUUUUUGACAUUUCACUUUAAGCCUAAUAAAUUCAAUAAAGUGCACUAAAAUCAUAAAUGGUUAAUAAAAACGUAGGUAAGACUGCUUAAAGUACUAUACCCUUAAAUGCUGAGGAAUUGCAACAAUUGGCCAAACAGAAUGAUUUAUAGCAAUUAUUGAAAUGAUGUGAUACAAAUGAAGCGUUUUCAAAUUUUUAAAGGAAUUGUUCGAUUAUCACGAAACACACUAAUAUUAAUAACAUUACCUGAUUACAUACAAUAUUUCAAAAACCAAUUUUAUUGUUAUUUUCUGCUUACACACAUUAUAUCUAUAUAUCCCAAUUUAAUAUUUUGUUACAUGUUUUUAUCUGAUACGUUGUUGUAAAUUGAAGACAUCUGGUAUGUCUAAAGAUAUUGUGCUUUGAGAGCAACAUUCUUGUUAAAGUUUUAAUAAUUUGUUGUAUACUUAAUGUGUAUCUAUAUUUUUAUCAAAUAAAAUCACCAAAAAAUA